AUGCCAGAUAAAUUGGAGAGUACUUUAAUGCUCAUAGCAGCUGGAGAGUUUUCAGUGGGGAUCUUAGGGAAUGCGUUCAUUGGGUUGGUAAACUGCAUGGACUGGGUCAAGAAUAAGAAGAUUUUCUCCAUUGAUUUAAUCCUCACAAGUCUGGCUAUAUCUAGAAUUUGUCUGUUAAGUAUAAUACUGUUAGAUUGUUUUAUAUUGGUGCUGUAUCCAGAUGUCUAUACCAGCGGUAAACAAAUGAGAAUCGUUGACUUCUUCUGGACACUAACCAACCACUUAAGUGUCUGGUUUGCCACCUGCCUCAGCAUUUUCUAUUUCCUCAAGAUAGCUAAGUUUUUCCACCCCCGUUUCCUCUGGAUGAAGUGGAAAAUUGACAGGGUGAUUCUCAGGAUUCUCCUUGGGUGCGUGGCACUGUCUGUGUUUAUUAGCCUUCCGUUCGCUGGGAAUUUGGAUGAUGAUUUCAGGCAUUGUGUCAAGAAAAAGUGGAAAACAAACUUAACUUGGAGAUGCAGAAUAAAUAAGACUCAAUAUUCUUCUACCAAGAUAUUUCUCAACCUGUUAACCCUGUUCCCCUUCUCUGUGUCCCUGAUCUCAUUCCUCCUCUUGAUCUUCUCCCUGUGGAGACACAUCAGGCAAAUGCAGCUGAAUGCCACAGGGUGCAGAGACCCCAGCACAGAGGCCCACGUGGGAGCCCUGAAAGCCGUCAUCUCCUUCCUCCUGCUUUUUGCUGCCUACCAUUUGGCCUUUCUCAUAGCCACCUCCAGCUACUUUAUGCCAGAGAGUGAAUUAGCUGUGAUUUUUGGUGAGUUGGUAGCUCUAAUCUGCCCCUCAAGCCAUUCGUUUAUCCUAAUACUGGGAAACAAUAAGUUAAGACAAGCAUCUCUAAGGGGGCUUUGGAAAGUAAAAUAUAUUCUAAAAAGAAGAAAAUUCUAA